CCAGAAGACGGACGGAGCGUUGCAUGGGCGGCGGCGGCGGUGAGAUCGAGUCGUAUGUGCAAGACUUCAUGGUGAUCCAGCAUGACCCGUUGGAAGAAGAGCGGAACCUGCAGAGACAGACGGAGCGGCUCUUGGACCGUUGGCACGGCCUCGUGCUCAAGGGGCCUGAAAACGCUGUCGAUUUGAAUUCCGUCGAAGCGCGCAUCCAACGCAACAUCGAUCGCCAUGAAAAGAUGCUCGCGUGGCUCGGGUCCAUGGAACGCAACUUGUAUGAAGACACUAUCGCGUACGAAGAUGCAUGCGCGAUGACGUCGUGUGGAGAGCAAGACGACGAGCUUCGGUCGUACCCCAACGUCGUCGACGAAAGCGAACGUAUAUUGAACCAGAUUGACGCAUUGCUGAUGGACCGACAAGAAUGGGAUCUGUCGUCGGCGCUCUCGUCGUUGGACAUGCCAUCCGCAGCCACCACUCCAACGACAGCUCAAAUCCCUCUCUACACGGCGUAGGUCCUCCUCGCGCAUCCAUGUCGUCGUAGUCUCCAUCGUAUAUUUAUACCGCGUGAACUGCUUGGUUCUUCAUCUUCAUGGGCGCAAUCAGCCCACGCCGUCGUCGACUUGAUUGCAUAUGGGAUUGCAAUGGGAGGCU